AUGAAAAUCCAAGCUAGACACAGCAAGCUGAAGGAGUCAGACAGUGGUCAAAGCUUCAAGGCUGUCAGUUCAUUCUCUUAUGGUGUGUCCUCCUCAGGGGAACAUUUUGUGAACCGGCACCGAGCAGACCUGAUCCAACGUGUCUGCAUGGUGAACAGCAUCAUAGACAUGCUGUAUAACACUGUGUUAGAUGAAGAGCAAUACCAGAGCAUCGAAGCCGAGAAAACCAAUCCAGACAAGAUGCGGAAGCUGUAUGAGUUCAUGCCGAGCUGGAACUGGUACUGCAAAGAGCAGCUUUACCAGGCGUUGAAGGCCAAGAACAAAUUCCUCAUUGAAGAGCUGAAGAGCAAAUAA